AGUCGUCGCAGCGGUGUCACCGCAAACGCAUCACCGUUACUAAUAUCAGUCUUCCGUUUUUUCUUUACGCAGCCUGCCAAAAUGGUUUGGAUUACCAUCGAUGAUCAGAUGGCUGGCAAGCAGAACACCCAGGCGUUAUACGCCCAAAGUCAAUUGGAUCACAUGUGUGCUUUGGAUAUCGACAGUCGAGUAUCCUUCGUCCGUUUAUCUGGUAUUAUUUGUACAAUCGGACCCGCAUCCAGAUCUGUGGAGACCUUGGAGAAGAUGAUAGAGACAGGGAUGAAUAUUGCCCGAUUGAACUUCUCUCACGGAUCUCACGAAUAUCAUGCUGAGACCAUCGCCAAUGUUCGCCAGGCGCAAAAAAAUUUGACUGCUCGCGCUGGUAUUAACAUUCCUGUUGCUAUCGCUCUCGACACGAAGGGCCCUGAAAUCCGUACCGGUCUUCUAGAAGGCGGUGGUUCGGCUGAAGUUGAAUUGGUUAAAGGCCAAACUUUUAAACUGUCCACGGACAAGGCAUAUAUGGAGAAAGGGAAUGCUCAGGUUAUUUAUGUUGACUACGAAAAUAUCUCCAAGGUAUUAAAGGCAGGGAAUCGUGUAUUUGUGGAUGAUGGCUUGAUUUCUCUCAUUGUUACUGCUGUCAGUCCCAAUUUAAUCUCAACAACCGUUGAAAAUGGUGGUACGUUAGGCUCUCGCAAAGGUGUAAAUUUGCCGGGAGUGCCGGUGGAUCUUCCAGCAGUAUCAGAAAAAGACAAAUCUGAUCUACAGUUUGGUAUUGAACAAGACGUCGACAUGAUAUUUGCCUCUUUCAUUAGAAAUGCUGCUGCAUUAACUGAGAUCCGUGACAUUCUUGGUGAAAAGGGUAAAAACAUCAAAAUUAUAUCGAAGAUCGAGAACCAACAAGGUAUGACGAAUCUCGACGAGAUUAUCGAUGCAUCUGAUGGCAUCAUGGUAGCGCGUGGUGACUUGGGAAUAGAAAUACCACCGCAGAAGGUAUUUCUGGCACAGAAGUGUAUGAUUAGCAGAUGCAACAAAGUUGGCAAGCCAGUAAUUUGCGCCACGCAAAUGUUGGAGUCUAUGGUGAAAAAACCACGUGCUACGAGAGCCGAAACUUCAGACGUUGCUAAUGCUAUUCUCGAUGGUGCUGAUUGCGUUAUGUUGUCAGGUGAAACGGCAAAAGGAGACUAUCCUUUAGAAUGUGUGCACACAAUGGCCAACAUUUGUAAGGAAGCGGAAGCUGCGAUCUGGCAGAACCAAAUCUUCCAUGAUCUUAGGAGCAAAGCUCUGCCGCCUAUUGAUGCUACGCAUGCUAUUGCCAUUGCCUCUGUAGAAGCAUCUGUUAAAUGUUUGGCUAGUGCUAUCAUUGUUAUUACAACAUCUGGUAGAUCCGCACAUUUAAUUGCGAAAUAUAGGCCUCGAUCUCCCAUUAUUGCGGUUACCAGAUUUCAUCAAGUUGCUCGACAAGCGCAUUUGUAUCGCGGAAUAUUACCAUUGUACUAUGAAGGAGCACCAUUGGCCGAUUGGGUGAAGGAUGUGGACGUGCGUGUACAAUACGGAUUAAAUUUCGGCAAAAGUCGUGGUUUUAUCAAAACUGGUGAUUCCGUUGUAGUUGUGACAGGAUGGCGGCAGGGCUCGGGCUUCACGAAUACACUUCGUAUCGUGUCUGUUGAUUAAACUUGCAUUGUACUGGAAAGUUAUAAGAAGCAUAGUCUUCGUGGAUGUAGAUGUAAUGUAAGAAAUUACAGAGUAAUAUUUAAACAUGUAUGUAACUAUAUGAUUGCCCAUUAAAUACAGUCAAAUGUCAAAUGAUA